ACUGCAGAGUUGAUAAGUGAGUUUAAAAACCAGAUUCCUUUUCAAACAAAAACAAGAUGUUCGUAGUACGUCGCAGCGCAGCGUGCAUUUAUCCCAAGGGAAUGCAAUUGGCUAAGAUGAGUGACAGCCAAGUUGGUGAUUUAGGCAGUGGCGCCGGCAAGGGUGGCGGCGGUGGUGGAUCCAUUCGCGAAGCUGGCGGUGCUUUUGGUAAAUUGGAGGCAGCGCAUGAAGAAGAAUACUUUUAUAACAAGCAAAGAGAACAACUCAAACUCUUGAAGAACGAUCAAAUCCACCAAGCUGAAUUCCAUGCUCAGCAAAUCAAAGAGCAUGAAAAAGCCAUCCAACGUCAUAAGGAAUUCCUUGCAAACAUUAAGAAGUAAAGCAGACAAACCCAACUUGCAAAGGUUGAGCGGGUCAUUCAAUGAUAGCAACAAGAUGACACAGCGUUAUAAAUGCUGUAAAAGGCUUUUCAGAAUUAUUCUAAGAUUUGAUAAAAAUUAAUAUUUUGCAUUUUUUCAAGUAUUUGGUUAUUUUUUGUUAAUCUAUCUACACUUUUAUAUUAAUAGAAUGUGAAAGUUUUAAAUGAAAUACAUGUACGUAUUAUAAAUUCAUGAAUAAAUAAAAUAACGAAAAAUAAA